AUGAAGGUUAAGUUGCUAUGACAGUGAAUAAUCUGCAGAGGCAGUAGAAGAUGCAUUCUGAUAAACAUCUGGAUGUAGAUAGUUUAACAGAAGGAGUGGCUUUGUUCUUGAACCCUCAUUCUUAUCCCAUGUCGACCUCUAGUCUCUAGCAAAGGCUAUGUACAUGCAUUUCAGUUCAGUGUAGUUGGCUAUCAUGGAAAUGAAUGAAGUAAUACACUCCACUGUCCUGUCCUUCUCCACACAGAGAGAGGAGUCCCAGUCGUUUACCCAGAAGCUCCGUGUCCCCUCUGUGGAGUCUCUCCUCCUCCGUGGUGCCAGCCGGGCCGAGGGCCUCUUCCGUUCCCCGCCCAAAGAGGGCUUGAACCGCAACCCCUCUCUCAACUCCCUCACCCCCCUGGGGGAGAAUGAGGCCCUGGCCUCCCCCUCUGCCACCCCUCCCACCCCAGCCUACGACCCUCCAUCCCCAGCCUACGACCCUCCAUCAGACAUUGAGAGCGAGGGAGAGGAGUCAUAUGGUAGCUCUGAGGUCCUGUCUGCCCUGUCUAGAGAACAGCUGAUCCAUCGGCUACACAGGGUGGAGAAGAGCCUGGGGAACUACAGAGGGAAAUACUCUGAGUUGGUCACUACCUACAGAACGGUACAGAGAGAGAAAGAGAAAAGCCAGACCAUUCUAAGCCAGAGUCAAGACAAAGCCCUCCGUAGGAUAGGGGAGUUGAGAGAGGAGCUGCAGGUGGACCAGCAGACUAAAAAGCACCUUCAGGAGGAGUUUGAUGCUGCCCUGGAGGAGAAGGACCAGAUGAUUACUGUGCUUCAGACACAGAAAUCCUCAGAGGAGAAGAUGGCAGAGAUGGACAAGCUACAUAGUGAAGCACUGGCAAGUAAAGAACAGGAGCUCAGCGCUCGAAUCAACCAGGCUGUGGAUCAGUGCAAAGAGGAACUGGCCAUGGCUGCCAAGGAUAAGGAGCAGCAGAAGGCUGCCAUAGAGACCGAGUCGGAGACCAAGGCUAAUGAGAUAGGGCUGGAGCUGGAGACUGCCAGAACUAGAAUACUGAAACUCGAGAGCUCUCUGGAAAAGUACACCCAACCUGGAUCAGUUCCAUCAACAGAUGAUCUCUCUACUCCGAUGGAGGAGCUAAGGACGAAACGCAAGGACGAGGUGACUGCACUAGAGGAGAAGCACUGCGAGGAGAUGGAGAAGCACAAGCUAGAGCUGCAUCAGGAGGUCUUAGCCCAACACAAUGCUGCUAUGGAGGAGCUCAGGGCAAAACACAGAGCUGAAGUGGAGACCAUCUUGAAGGAGAAAACGGUCCAGUUACAAGCCCAUGAUGAGGACAUGAACCAGAAGACAAUGGAGAAGCUGGAUGUGAAACAGACUCAGCUGGAAGCCCUUUCCUUUGAGCUCCAGGAGUUGUUGAGGAUCAAACAGGUUCUCGAGGAGAGACUGGAUGCAGUUGAAAACGCUGGUGGGUUAGCCAGGCAGGAGUUGGAGCAGAGGCUACAGGAGGUGCUGACCAAGCACAGUACAGAUAUUGAGGAGAUCAAGCUGCAGCAUGAGCAGUCCCUGGGAGGAAUGGAGAAGAUGCUAAAAGACGAACUCAACAAGUUGACGAUAGUGCUGAAGGAGAAAGAGAAAGAGCUUGAGGCUCAACUUGUCUAUGAGAAAAGCCUGAAAGAAGAGUCCAAGAUGGUUCUUCAAGACAGGAAUGCGAAGGUUAAGGAAUUGGAGGAGCUUAGAAAGAGUUUAAAGCAGGCCCAAUCAGAAAAGAAGGGCCUUGAGAAAUCUAAUGCCCAACUCAGUAAGAUUAGAGAUGAACUCUCAGAGUGCAGGAGUCAAUUAAAAUAUUUUGUGCAUAAACUGGAAACAACUCAAAGUGACUUCCAGCAGAAAGAGGACGCUCUUCAACAAAAGGUACAGGAGUUUGAAGUGCUAGAGAAGCAGUUGCAGCAGGCUAAGAAGGAGCUCUCUGAACAGGAUAAAUCUUACACUGAUGAACUGAACUCUAAGCAAGAGGAAGAAAAACGAUUAAAGAAACACCUGGAAGACCAGAAGGCUGCUCAUGAGAAGAAGGUGGACAACAUUAAGAAAGACAUGGCGGCCAAGUGGAAAUCACAGGAGACAAAGAUGGAGAAUUGUAAAACUAAGACCAAAGAGAUGCAGGAUAAAUUUAAGAAGAAGCUUCAGGAGCAAGACGAAUCUUUGAAAAAGCAACUGUCAAAGAAGGAGUCAGAGCUACAGCAGAAAGAACAAAAACUUAAAGAAAACAUCCUGGACUCUCAGACAAGUUCAGAAGGCCUGAGCAGUGCUAUAUACCAGCUUGAGUCCAAUCACAAGGAAGAACUAGAGAAGUUGUGUGAAGUCCAUAAGCAAGAGAAGGAAAAGCUUGAGAAUCAUUGGCAGGAAAAGAUGGGACAACAGGAAGAAGAAAUGCAGGAGAAACACACACAAAUACUACAGGAGAAGAUACAGGAAGUGGAGGAGGUCAACCAGCAGCUUGGAACCACCAUGGAAGAAAAAGAGCAAGUUGUGCAGGAAGUGAAGGACUUGAAGGAAGAGUUGGUGAUGAGACAGACCACUGUGCAGAAACUGCAGGCCGAACUGAAGGAAGCCGCAGUCAAAAUGGAGAGUUUAUCUCAAGCUGAGGCAAUGUUCAAAAAGCAAAUGGAGGCGGUUGAGAGGAAUCUGAACACUGCUCUUAAUGAGAGGAACUCCUUCCAGGAUCAGCUGAACAAGACUGAGAAUAAGGCAAGAGAGAAGCUCAAGUCUCUGUCUGAGAGGUUUGUAGACACUGAGAAGCAGCUUCAAGCUCUUGAGGCUUCUAAGGGUAAGGAAGGGGAGGCAGUUCAGAGGAGACUUGAACAACAUUCUCUUCAACUAGAAGUCAAGGAAAACGAAAUGCAGAAGCAGUUCGCUGGGAUCAGCAAGGAAUUAAUGCGUUACUGCCGUGACAUUGAGGCCAGCAUCGAAGAUGGUACAAAGGAGCUCUCUGAACGGGUCGAGAGUAGAGUGAGCGAGCUGAAAGACCGAGUUCUGGGUAAUCAGAAGAAGAUAGCACAUCUUAAAAAUGUUAUCCUUACAAAGGUUGACAGGAUACACACUUUGGAGAAACAACUCCAGCAGAGUACAGAGGGGAAGAAGAACCUAUGCAGUUCACUAGAGCAGAUGACUGUUCAACUAAAUCUACACAAAGAUGAUAUCAAAGCCUUAACUGCUGAGAGGGAGUCUCUACAGAGGGAGGCUGAAGAUCACUCUCAAGCUCUCUCAGAAAAAGUAAUUUGCAUCGAACAGCUCAGUGAGGAAAACCAAACAAUCUCAGAGAAUGUCAAAACAAAUUUGGUGUAUAUCAGCAACUUGGAGAGUAUCAUAAAUGACUUGAAGACCCAGUUCACAGGUAGUCUUACGGGGAAGGAUGAAGCGAUAUCACUGCUUGAUCAGCAGCACAAGGAGGAGAGAGAGGGGCUUGUUUGCCAAAUGGCAGAGACCAUUGACAGACUAGAGAAAGAGAAGACAUUUGCAGUGGAGCAAGCCAACGCCUUCAAGAACAACCUCACAGAGUUCAAGAGGAAAGCAGAGUCCAAGUUCUCUCAGAACCACAAUACUGUCAAGUCUCUGCAGACCAGACUUGAUGAUAUGGAGAAACAGAUCUCUGAGAAGGACGAGGCCUUACAGAGGCUGAUAGCCAGCAUUGACAAUCAGUCCAUUAGCAAGUCAGAGAUGGACCAAGUCUUGAGUGAAAAGGAGCAGAAAGUCAGUGCCCUUUCUUUGGAAGUGGAGAGCUGUAACAGCCGGCUCAGUGAGCUGGAGGAGCAGUUCAUCCUCAAGACAAAGGAGAGCGAGCAGCUAACUGCUGACCUGAAGCAGCAGCACAGUAUCAGGGAGCAUGAGAAACGAGAGCUCACAGAGCAUCUACAACAGACUCAGGAGCAGUUCAGAAUCCAGAAUGGAAAUCUAGUCCAGGCAACAGAGGAGAAAUUGCAGUCCAUGGAGAGAGAGAACCAAACUUUGAAAAAAGAGCUGGAACGGCAGAGGGAAGUCUUUGACAAGAUGAAGGCUGAGAUUCUCAAGACCAAAGAUGAGAGUCUGAAGGUGGCUGAAGAGAAGUUGUCAAAAGACAAUGCUGGGAAAGUGGCUGAGCUGAAGAAGAAAGCUGAGCAGAAAAUAAACCAGAUUCAGAAACCUUUGACCUUACAACUCGAGGAGAAGGAAAAGACUGUCAAAGCCCUUCGGACACAGUUGGAGGAGGCCAAGGUAGACAAAGCGACAAAAAAGCAGGGGGUGGAAACCCUGGAGGAGAAAGGAACAUCCCUUGAGGAAGCCAUGGCCAAGAUGAAGGAAGAACAGGAGAAACACAUUGAGCAAAUUCAUAGUGAUGAGAGACUGGAAAAAGAGAGCUCUUUACAGAGUUUGAAGGACAUGUAUGAGGAAAAGCUAUCAUUGCUCCAGAGAGACAUUUUGAACCAGGAGAAAGCCCUAGCCAAGUGUAAGGAAGAACAAGAAAAGCAACUCGAGCAGCUUCGGAAUGACGAGAGACUUGCGAAAGAGAGCUCAAAGAACAUGUACGAGGGAAAGUUAUUGUUGUAUCGGAGAGAUGUUUCGAACCAGGAGGAGACCAAAGCAGACGAGACCGUCUCAAGGCUUGAGUUUGAGAUGAAGCUCAAGGAAGUGGAGGAGGAGAAGGUCAACCUUCUGGCUGAAAUCAGCCGCCUCAAGGAAGAUCUGCUUGAGAAGACUGCACUGAUUGAACAGCAAAAUACAGAAUUAGUCCGCUUAGAAACACAAGGUCAGAAUGCAGUGGAGGUUGUGGCGCAUUGCACUGCAGAGCAAACCAAGAGUCUUACAGCAGACAAGGGGGAGAACCACUCUCUGACGCAGGAAGAUGGGGAUGCUGAAUCUCUGUUGUCCAUGCAGAAUAAGCUUACGGAGGCGGUGCAGGAGAAGCAGAAUCUACAGAAAUACCUGCGAACCCUGAGGAAGGAACACCAGCAAGACCUGGAGUAUGUGAAGAAAGAGUUGACCCAAGAGAACGAGAAGAAACUCAUGCUUGAGGUUGAAGAUCUGGAGAUGAAGCACAACUCGUCCCUGAAGCAGGUGAUGAGGGAGUUCAACACACAGAUGGCUUUGAAAGAACAGGAGCUGACUGCUGCAGUGAAGGAGACCAUUGGGAAGGCCCAGAGCGUGGAGGUGGAGCUUAUGGACAGCCAUCGGGAGGAGACCAAUCAGCUCCAGAAGGUGAUCAUCCAGAAAGAUGAUGACUUAAACAAAACGGUCCAACGAUAUGAGCAGGUCCUCCAGAGUCGAGAGGAGGAGAUGGGGGACAGAGUGUGUCAGGUACAGAAAAAGCUGGAGGACCUGCAGGCAAGGACCCACAGCGCCAGUGGAGAGAUGGGUGUGGAGGAGCUGCAGGCCCAGCUAGCUGAGAAGACCACCCUGCUGAGUGAGGCCAGGCUGAAGGAACAGCACUUUGUCGACAGGAUCCACUCACUGGAGGACAAGAUGAAAUUAUUCCACAAAAACUCAGUGGUGACUCAUCUGGGGACCACGUUCAAAGAUCCUGGCCAUUACAGUGCUGAGUCCUUCUCACAACUCACAGAGUUUGAGUACCUGAGGAAGGUCCUGUUUGAGUACAUGAUGGGGCGGGAAACCAAGACUAUGGCUAAAGUCUUAACCUCCAUGCUCAAGUUCCCACCAGACCAAGCUCAGCAGGUUCUGGAGAAAGAGGAUACAAAAGCAAUUCCCUGGCUACGAUGAGGGUCAGGUAUCAGGAUGAUGCUGGUACUUUAAGGAUGGAGAUGGACUUAACUGCUGCUGAAGGACUGCAGACUGCUGCACCACUGUGGACCAGAUCUAGCCCUUCUACUUUUAUGUCCUUUCUUUUGCUUCUCGUGUGUGUGUGUGUGUGUGUGUGUGUGUGUGUGUGUGUGUGUGUGUGUGUGUGUGUGUGUGUGUGUGUGUGUGUGUGUGUGUGUGUGUGUGUGUGUGUGUGUGUGUGGUACGAGGGAGGUAGAAAAUAGACCAUGUAAGGAUCAUCCCAGUUGCUAUUUCUUCCAAUCUAAUUUCACACAAUGAAAUUACGAAUUUAAAAUCAUGAAUUAUACAACAAACAAAAAAAUUCCAGGGUUAAUUAUAUAUCUAUUUUACAGAUGGCUUGUGCAAUAGGUUUUUGUUGAUCAUUGGGUUGAUUGUGAUUUCGAGUUGAUUCUUUGGUUGUGUUUUUUUUCAGUUGAUCUAUGGUUUUAGGUUGUUUGUAUCAGUAGAGUUUUGGUUGUAUUUCUACUGUGGGUCACUUCCUCCUUAUGACUGUGUGAUGGAAUCGUAGAAAUAGAAUAUGUAGACUAUUUCUAGGGAUUCUAAAUAUGAAUCUACUUUCUAUUUAUAUGGACGAGAUAACCCUUUGACUGUACCUUCCUGUCCCUGAACUGUCUCUUCCUGUCCCUGAACUGUACCACUUAGACACCCUGGCUUGUUAGUUUCCCACAGCUUUUCUACUUUAUAUUUUGUGAAGAGAAUUAAAUAAAGACUCAGCAUAAUGUAAAGUGUAAAUACACAAAGUGAAUCUGUACUAUAGGGCACAAUGCUAAUACAUUUUGAGACGAGCUAAUACAAUUUUAUUUACUCAGA